CUCGCCAGUCCAGGCUGCUGCUUUGUCGUGACUGAAAGCCUGAAAAGAUGGCGUCCUCUCACUCACGAAAAGAGCAGAGUACCGUCGCGAAACGCAUGGAGAUCCUCCAGAGGUUAGAGGAAGGCGCGACUGUUAAUCAGCUUAUCAGCGAGUAUGGGCUCAGUAGGGCGACCAUAUAUCGUUACCAACGGAAUGCAGUCGCGAUUCGACAAGCCGCUGAGAACAGGAGGAGAAAUUUGAGAAAGAAGCCGUCGCUGGUGCACGAUGUCGUGGAUACUCGGCUACGGGGUUGGGUGUGGAUGAGACAAGCGUUAGGAGACACCCUAACCGAUAGUAUCCUCCAGGAAAAAGCGAGGGAACUACACGAACGAUUCGGUGGCCCGUCAAAUUUUAUGGCGAGCCGAGGUUGGCUUCGAUCUUUCAAAGAUAGACACGGCGUACACACUGCGAGCAUCUCUAGACAGAAGACCAACGCGACUGAAUUGGACAAAUUCGAAGAAAAUUUGUUGAAUAUGUUAUCUGCGGAAAACGUCGACGAGGAGAACGUUUAUAAUAUAAACGAAACGAGUGUAAUGUGGAAGAUCCUUCCACAGAAAAUAUUAGCUCGCGAAGGAGAGCGAUUUUUGGAUUGUAAAAAUUUAAGAAAAGACCGCGUAACUGUAGCGUUAUGUGCAAACGCUACUGGCACGCACAAGCUACUGCCGCUUUUCGUAUACAAGUAUAACAAUCCUAGAGCGUUGAAGCACUGCAAACAUGAUUUACCUGUGGUAUAUAAAAGUCAAAGGAAUGGUCGGAUGGACGAGUACUUGUUCAACGACUGGUACGAUAAUUACUUCAAACCGAGUGUGAUCCAACGUCAACGUCAAGAACAUCGAGAGGGAAAGGUGGUCUUAAUGGUUGAGAAGUGCAUGCUGUUUGAAAAAGCACAAGAGGAUCCGUACUUUAAAUUGAUUUAUUUACCGCCAGGUAGCACGGUGACUAUUCGACCGGUGGACCAAAACGUAGUCACGAAAUGCAAGCAAGUAUUCAGGAAUAAGUUACUCCUUCGGGCGCUUCAGCAUGCUCAUGGUGUUCGGCGGUUUUACGCAGAAUAUGACAUAAAGGAUUGCAUGGACUUGAUAAGCGGGGCGUGGGAUGUCAUAACGUCGGAGAGUAUUAAUAGUUCCUGGAGAAAACUUAUGCAUCGCUCGCGACUAGAUGCGGGCCCAGAAACGCAAGACCAGGACUGUUUAGAACUAAUUAGUGAAAGUAUACCACUCGUUGGAGUAACCGAGUGGCAGGAACAAUGCGAAGCUGAAGAAGGUACAUGGUUGGAAACCGAAACUGAUGGACCAUUCGAUCCCAGCGGUAUGGGAGAAGUGGAAACUGAACAAAUGUUUCGCGAUUUAGCGAUCUGGGCGGAAACGAAAUCGGAUAAUAUCAGAUUACACGCGAAUGUUCUGAUAGAUUAUUACAAUCAGAAACAUUAAUACGUUUUGUAUAUAAAUGUAUAUAUAAA